GCGGUGCGGCUGCGGUCAGUUCGAGGAGAGAGAGAGUGUGUGUGUGUGUGUGUGCGUGUGUGUGAGAGAGAAAGAGGUGUGAACUGUCAGACGAGAGGACUCGAUACGGAUGCGCUUGAAAGGAGUGAAGCAAAACCGCUUGUUGCGCUAUAAUUUUACACAAGAGGACGACAGGAAAUAUAGUUUUUUGUUGUUUUUGUGAUAUUUACUACCUAAUAUAGAUAUUUCGACAUAGGAGUGCAAUAACAGGCUAUAACCUCUGUCUUGCCAGGCCAUUACUCAUGCAUUGUGGUAAGCUAACUGGGUAGCUUUGACUUAAGGGAUUGUUCCAUAACCUGAAAAACAAAUCGCUUCCCCUUUUUUGAAGAGGAGGAGGAAGAGGAGGCGAGAGCCGCAUAGCUUCUUCUGUAUUUCAUUUGUCUGGGGUCUGUUUUUUUUAUUCUGUAAACGAAGCUUAUCUGAAUCAGGCUACUUCGUCUAUCUUCAUAUUAGGACGACAGCGGCGGGUGUCGGAGAGGUGUGUGAGGAAGAGGCAACGUAGAGGAAGAGACAGGAAUGAUGAUGAUUGGUAAAUCGGUGAAAGACAUUGACAGAUAUCAAACUGUCCUCACUUCGCUACUGUCACUCGAGGAGAACAAAUUCUGCGCGGAUUGUAAAUCCAAAGGUCCCAGAUGGGCGUCAUGGAACCUGGGUAUAUUCAUCUGUAUCCGCUGUGCUGGGGUCCACAGGAACCUGGGCGUCCACAUCUCCAGGGUCAAGUCUGUCAACCUGGACCAAUGGACACAGGAACAGAUACAGUGUGUUCAGGAGAUGGGGAAUGCCAAGGCCAGACGACUCUAUGAAGCUUUCCUCCCAGAAUGUUUCAUACGACCAGAGACUGAUCAGUCAGCAGAGAUGUUCAUCAGGGACAAAUAUGAGAAGAAGAAGUACAUGGACAAGAUCCUAGAUGUCAACAGACUUAGAAAAGAGAAGAGCUGUGAAAACAUCCCCAAGGAGCCAGUGGUGUUUGAGAAGAUGAAGUUGAAGAGAGAAAACAGCCCAAAGACACAGACCCAGUCUCCGUCUAUCUCAGACCUCCUAGGACUUGAUGAUCCUGCUCCCCAUGCUGCUAUAUCCAAUGGUAGGUCCAGCUCUGUAGAGAGGGGGAGUCCUCUGGUGACUAACCCAGCUACGGUGCACUCUGACCUGAAUCUAUUCAGCUCUCUGCCUGCCUCUUCCUCCACCAACACCACGGUGGGUAGCUCCAUGCCCAGGGGUUGUGUGGCCACGUCGGUACCCGAGAACCUCAGCCUGUUCCUGGACUCAGCACCCAGACAGGAGGGCUCUAGGACAAAGAUGUCUAAGGCUUCCAUUCUCUCCCUCUAUGCAACCACACCCACAUCGCACCAGAACCUAGCUGCACGGGCUGGCCUAUACAUGAACCCAGCACAGCUGGGCUACUACGGAUCAUACCAUUCCCUGGCCACUGAGGGGGAGCGAUGGGAGGAGCCAUGGUGACAUCACACUCCAUGAUGGCCCUGAGUGGUCAGCAGCAGAACGGCAUGAUGGGAGGGCAACAGCAAAGCGUUAUGGGAGCUCAGCAGAAUGGAAUGGUGGCAGCACAACAGAGCGGCAUGAUGGGAGCUCAGCAGAAUGGAAUGGUGGC